GAAACUUCAGAUUUUCGUGGUGACGUCAUCAAUGUUAAUCGGUUUAUUUCUACGUGGAUAAACUUAUUUCAGUUAUUAUUAAUAUUUAAAUCAACAUUUUAUACAAUGUUAAAUUACGUGGUGUAGGAGAAAAGGGUGGAUGUGGGGUGUUUCAGCUUUAACAACGUAUUAUUAUUAUAACAUAAAACUAGAAGCAUGAUGCAUGACGAUACUUCAGGUGUCACAAACUCCAGAGGAAACAUAGUUUCCCAGGCAUGGAAACAUUUCCAGCAGCGUUAUCAGAAAAUGCUUGAUGAUGUGACACCCUUUCUCACUGGCAGAUGGAUAGGUGCAGUGGUUUUAGUCAUUAUAUUUUUAGGGAGAAUAUUCAUCCUUCAAGGAUGGUACAUAGUUACUUAUGCAUUGGGCAUUUAUCAUUUAAAUCUAUUCAUAGCAUUCCUGUCACCAAAGAUCGAUCCAGCGAUCUCUGACUAUGAGGACGACGGUGGUCCUGAGUUGCCGACGAGGGCUAACGAAGAGUUCCGUCCGUUCAUCAGACGGCUGCCGGAGUUCAAGUUCUGGUACUCGGUCACCAAGUCAACUGUGAUCGCCACCAUUUGUACAUUCUUUGACUGUUUCAACAUCCCUGUCUUCUGGCCCAUACUUGUCAUGUACUUCAUCACCUUGUUUGGCAUCACCAUGAAGCGGCAGAUCAAGCAUAUGAUCAAGUAUCGUUAUCUGCCUUUCACACACGGGAAGCCCAAGUACCAGGGAGUAAGUGACACUGGAAAGGUGAUUAACGCUAAGUGACAGAGUGAAGCAACGUCGAUGACAUCUCUAGCCUCCUUGCAGUCUGAAGAGUCGGUCACUGUGUACGAGAAAACCUAACCUAAAACUGUGUUUGAGUUUGCAAACUUGUGUUCCAGGGAGCGCCAACGGUUCGUGAAUUGUAACCCUUAAUACUGCAGGAUACAGUAACCUUUGCAUGAAUUUAUAUCGGAUUAUAUUAUAGUAUGUUUCCUAUGGAAAUCAAACACAGUAUUGGAACACAGACACUGACUGCAUGAGUGUGAAACACCUCCAGUGAUAACGGACAUUUUAUUAAUGAUUGUGUAAGAUGUAAAUUAUACUAUACUAUUUUGUUUUCAUUAAAAAUAAUGUUAAGUAGUUG